CCACCACGCCCGGCCUUCAAUAAGUUAUCAUUAACCAUGGGUGCCCUAUUGUGCUACGGAACAAUAGACACAGGUGCGGGGACACCCCUGGAGGGAAAGCCACAAGCUGCAGGCUGGGGGCCUGGGUGUCACCUUUACGGAAGCGCUGGUGACUACCUUCACCGCGGGAGGUUCCACACGGCUGGUGAGGCUCACGUGGGACUCACCGGGGAGACAGCGUCCAGAGCAGGACUUCUCAGAACCUUCGAUGUACUUUGUGAUUCUCCUAACCUACCUAAGGAAUAAGGUUCAGUCAUCCUUCUGUCUCCCUCUGGGUUUCCAAGAAUCUUACCUUGGAACUCCAGCUGAACUGAGCCCUGGGCUUGUCUGCUGACCUUCUCAACGGUUCUCCAAGCAGCCAUGGAUGUGGGUUACUUGGGCCUGCCAGAUGUGUCUCAGAGUCAUAGCAAGACCUUGUGGGGGGCUCGGGGCAGGGGCCCCACCAUACGUCGCCAGCGGGAGUUCGUGCCAGAAGAGAAGAAGGACACAGUUUACUGGGAGAAGCGGAGAAAGAACAAUGAAGCAGCCAGGAGAUCCAGGGAAAAGCGCCGUCUCAAUGAUGCAGCCAUUGAGGGCAGGUUGGCUGCACUGAGGGAGGAGAAUGCCCUGCUCAGGGGUGAGCUGAAGGCGCUCAAGCUUCGCUUUGGCCUCCUGCCCCUGACUGGUGGGCCCCGGGCCUUGCCCCUGCAGGCCCUGCUAUGGGAAGCCCCCUGGACUGGGGACCCCCGGCCUGGGGCUGAAGCACUGUCAUCCUUGUCUGGCUCUCACAGUUGCCUUUUAAGGCCACGUUCCCUGGAUGCUGGGAUUCCAGGAUGUCGGGGCUGCCUGCUGGCUCCCAGAUGGACCGGCUUGGCCACUUCUCCUAGGUCCCCCCAAGAGUCUGCACCUCCUACCCUCAACAGAAUUGACAUGGACUUGCACACUGCCCUCCCACCUGCCCUCUUCAGCUGUCACUUCUUGGAUGGGUAUGUAGGGUCCAGACCAGAGCUCAGACCCUACUGCGGGCUGUGGUCACCAAUGCCCUCUGGAUGCCGGGCUUCAGGGCCAUCAGAUGUGUUGCUGACACCCACUGCUGAUCCCAUGGGUCUGUCUCCUGGGGUGACCUGCCCUGUCCCAGGGAACAGUCAUGAGGGUCUGGGUCAGCCCUCUCUGCCCCACAAACUGCACAUCAAAUCCCGAGCCUCAGGCAGGGUACCUUAUGGCUGGGAGGGUGGUCAGGCCCCACUCUGAGGGCUUCCUCUGGGAAGGACUAGGCUUGCAAGGGAGUGUUUGGGGGCUGAAUAUAGGUUGGUCUGAGGGAUGAGCAGCUUGGUCUUGAUUAGCAAUCUGGGAAGGCCUGUAGGAAGUAGGGGCGCCCUGGCUUGGAGGGUCCACUUCACAGCUUCCAUACCAAACCUCCUAGGGGAGGAGAAUGGGAGCCCAUCUUGGAUUCUACUAUAGCUCUUGCCUUGCCCUAACAUCUAUGCUUUGGGUUGUCACUUUUCCCUUUCUUUCUCCUUUCCAUUUGUCCAUUCUUCCCUAUAUCCAUCCAUCCAUUCAUCCAUUCAUCCUCAUUUUUUCAUCCAUUCAUUAAUUCAUCAAUCCUCAUCCAUCCAUCCAUU